UCCCAAUCCAUCCUUUUGACAUGUAUAAGUGAUAUAAUCAUACAGUUCUUAUAUGAGUAAUUCUAUCCACAUUGCUCAAGCUAAAGAAUUCAUAUUUGUUUCACUUAAGUAUUAUCACCUAAUGCUUUUCUCCACAGGCGUGAGGCAGAUUUUAUCCAAAACAUUGUGGAAGUGAUACUGCGUGAACUGAGUUCAAAAUUCUCAAGCAUUACCAAAAAAAACUUGGUAGGAAUAGAUUCUUCAAUAGAGGAAUUGAUCACUUCAUAUUUAGAUUUUGGGGGCAAAGUUUUCAUGAUUGGGAUUUGUGGUAUGGGGGGGCUGGGAAAGACAACUCUUGCUAGAGUGAUUUAUGAGAAGUUCUCCAACGAUUUUGAAGGUUCUAGCUUUAUAGCUAAUGUUAGAGAAGUUUCAGAAAAACAGAGUUUGCUUCCAUUACAAAAACAACUUCUUGCACAAACUUUGGGGGAAAGAAACAUAGAUAUAUGGGAUGUUUAUGAUGGAGUUGAAAUGAUCAAGAAGAGGCUACAUUGGAAAAAGGUUCUAGUUGUUUUAGAUGAUGUUAAUCAAUUGGACCAAUUAGAAAAAUUGGUUGGAGAAUAUGGCUGGUUUGGAGAAAGGAGUUGGAUCAUAAUAACAACCAGAGAUGAACAUUUGUUGCUCCAACAUGAAGUUCAUAAAAUAUAUAAGCCUAAUACAUUAAAUGUUCAUGAUGCUCUAAAGCUUUUUUGUUUGAAAGCCUUCAAAAAUGAGAAACCAAGAGAAGGUUAUGUACAACUCUCUAAAAAGGUGAUAUCUUAUGCUAAAGGACUUCUGUUGGCUCUUGUAACUUUGGGUUCCUUUCUGUUUGGAAGAACAAAGGAUGAAUGGCAAAGUGCAUUGCACAAUUUAAAAAAAAAUCCUAAAAGUGAGAUAUUUGAUAUACUUAAAUUAAGUUAUGAUGGACUAGAGAAAAUGUGGAAGGAUAUAUUCUUGGAUAUUGCGUGUUUCUUAAGAGGGAAGACUAAAGAUCAAGUAAUAGAGAUAUUAGAGAAUCGUGGGUUUGAUGCGAGAAUCGGUUUAAGUGUUCUUUUAAAUAAAUCUCUCCUAAUCUUAGAAAACAAUACAUUGUGGAUGCAUGUUCUACUACAAGAAAUGGGUAGAGAAAUUGUCCGUCGAGAAUCAUGUGAAGAGCCUGGAAAGCGCAGCAGGUUGUGGCUUUGUAAAGAUUUGUUGCAUAUAAUGACGAAAGAUACGGCAACAGAAUCAAUUCAAGCCAUAGGUCUGACCUCUUUAGAUGGGGAUCCAGAAGAGGCUCAAAGCUUUGAAGAAUGUUCAGAAGCCUUUUCAAAGAUGUUUAAUCUUAGAUUGCUUAUGAUUGAUGAUUUGCAUAUCCCAAAUGGUCUCAAUCAUGUUUCUAAUUCCCUAAGACAUCUUAUUUGGAAAGGUUAUUCCUCGAAAUGUUUGCCGUCCAGUUUCCAACCGAAAGAGCUUGUUAAACUUGAAUUGCACUCCAGCAACAUUGAAUAUCUUUGGAAGGGAGUUAAGUAUUUAGACAAGUUAAAGUCCAUUGAUCUUAGUGCUUCCAAAUUCCUUAUUAGAACACCUGACUUCUCUGGGCUUCCAAGACUUGAGAGAUUAUAUCUUAUUGGCUGCCAUAAUUUAGUUGAGAUCCACCCAUCUAUUGGACAACUCAGGAGGCUUGUUGUUUUAGAUCUAGAAUCCUGCCGAUCUCUUACAAAUCUUCCUAGCAUGUCCACUGAAAUGGAGUCCCUUACAAUUCUUAAUCUUUGUGACUGCAUAAAUAUCACAAAUAUUCCAGAGUUUAGGGAAUUAUGAAAAGCCUAUCAGAACUUUCCUUGAAUAAGACUGCUGUUGAGGAACUACCCUCCUCAAUUGAGUGUUUGACUGCACUUACUUCUUUAAAUCUAGGAGACUGCCAAAAUCUCGAAUGCCUUCCAAGCAAUAUGGAUAGUUUGAGGUCUCUUGAAAAACUUCUUCUUCCAGGAUGCUUGAAACUUUCUGCCCUACCAGAGAACGUGUGGAAAAUGAAGUGUUUGAAGAAACUUGAUUUGAGCGGACCUGGCAUUAGACGAGUUUCCCAAAAUAAACUUAAUUUGGGUGGGAUGUUUCGACUUCAAAGAAUAGGGCUUAAUAGUAUUGGCUUCUUAUGCUCGUUAAAAUAUUUAACAUUAAGUGGAAACAGUCUUGUCACCCUGCCUGCAAGCAUCAGUCAACUUUCGAAACUUGAAGCUCUUGAUUUGUCCAACUGCUUUAAGCUUCAAUCAUUGCCAGAACUUCCAUCAACUGUGAGAUAUAUAAAUGCUGAAGGAUGUUAUUCCCUCAAACCAUUACCAGCACUGCGAAAACCAUCACCAGAUCCGCUCAAACUUAUACAAUCUUUUGGCUUCAAAAGGCAUUAUUAUAAUGAGAGCAACGGUGGAGUGGCAUUUAAAAUAUUGAACCGUUACCUACAAGGAGUCCUUCAUUCAAAAACUGGAUAUGAAACUCCUACCGAAAAGAAAAAGGAAGGAUCAAGAACUGAAUUUCAAAUAAUUAUUCCUGCAAUGGAAAUUCCACGGUGGUUUACUCAUCAACGUGUGGGGAACUCAAUAAGUAUAGACCUGCCUCCCAAUUGGUGUAACAGUAGGUGGAUGGGAUUCGCUCUCUGUGCUAAGUUGGAAGGAUAUAACUAUCUUUCUGGAUUAAAUUCCAACAAAACAUUUGAUUUCAGAGCUCGGGUGAUGGCCCUAGGUGGUUCACUUCACAGUCAACUCAACUCUGAAAUUGUCUUUAAGGUGGCAUUUGGUGCAGGUGACAUUUGGAUAUUGUAUUUGUCUCGUGAUGAUUGGUUUGCUACUUUUCCGAAUGGUGAAUACAAUCAGAUUAAGGUUGUAUUUGAGAGCUGUGGCUCAACGGAGAAAGUGCACAAAUGUGGGGUCAGUUUGGUAUACGAGCAGAGUGUGGAAGGGUUCUACCAAACAAGUACACAACGCAGCAGAAACAGCAUUAUUGCUUAUGAGGGUUGGGAUGGUGUCCUUCAUGAUGAAAUGAAGCUUAGUGAGUUCCAGAGUUUUAAGAAAGAGCUUGAGAAAUUUAGGGAAAUUAAUAGAUUCGUCUCUUCAUUCAGUGUUAAUGACGAUUAUAACGAUCCAGGACCUAGUGCAUCUAGGAGCUUGCUGUCGGACUAAAUUGAAAGAUUCAUCUUUUUAUUCACAUUAUUUGAAUUCCAAUCCCCACUACACCUCAGUAAUCAUGAUGGCCCUGGGAGCUCUCUUGUCACUCAGCCACUGACUUGUAGUGAUAACUAUUCCUCUUGGGCAAGAUCUAUGAUCGUUGCACUUACAGCAACGAACAAAAUUGGUUUCGUUAAUGGCGAGAUCACCAUGAUAUAAACUACUGCUCCUUUGUUCAAUGCUUGGAUUUGUUGUAACACGACAGUACUGUCCUGUCUCAUUAAUUCAAUCCAGAAGAGCAUAGCUUACAGUGUGAUGUAUACCGAGACUGCUGCCAGACAAAUCUGGUUGGAUUUGAAGCACAGGUAAUCUCAAGGAAAUUCCCUGAGAAUAUAUGAAUUACACAAAGGAAUUUCUCACAUUUCUCAAAACAACCUUUCAAUCAGUGACUAUUUUGCUAAUUUCAAAUCAACUUGGGAUGAAUUGGUUAGCUAGGAUCCAAUGCCUGAAUGUUCUUGUGAAGCAAUGAAAAACGAGAUUAUGUGAUGAGGAAUCUCAUGGGCUUGAAUGAGAAUUAUGGUAUAGUAGCUAAACCCUCAUGAGUGAGUCAGUAUCAUCUAUCAGCAAGGUGUACUCUCUUUUUUCUCUAUUCAAACUGCAACCCCAAUCCUGGAGGAAGAUACAAUAACAAGAAAAAAGGUCAAUUUGUAGUCAUUGUGGAUAAAUGCUACAAACUUCAUGGAUAUCCACCGGGUUAAAAGUCCAGAUUUAAGUCCUCAAUGAACCAGGUUUCUAGAUCCAAUGGAAAUGGUGGACCUCCAGUGCAGGCUAACACCAAUUCCACCAAUUGUCCAUCUGUUGAAAAUCUGGAUUUCAAUGUCCAAUAACCCAAGAACAAUGCCACCAUCUAUUGGACUUCGCAGUGCUCAGUAAUAUGGGGAAUCCAGGAUUGAAGCUCCUCAUCAAGCAGCCAAUAUCAUGAUCUCUCGAUCUCAUCUUCAAUCUGCACCUCAAAGUUCCCUUAUGCAUAAUUUCUCAGGUACUCCUCUUCUAUAUCGUCCAAAUCAAAAUCCUAAUGUUGACCUGAGUCAUUCAGUUUUUCUUCUCAAAUAGUAUAAAGAACAGCCUUUUAUUGCAGUUCUUGGAUUAUUGACACUGUGCAACAUAUCAUAUGGUUAUAGACACCUCAUUUUGCAUAUUAUCAUCACAUCACAUCACAGGGAUAAAACUGAACUUCUGAUCAUUUGAUUUCCAAUUGCAUUACAUAAACUAAAUCUUGAAGUCAUAAUGAUCAAAACGACAAUUCAUGAGCUUUAAUAGGAGACCACCGGAUUGAAAGAUAUCAAGAAAACAUGUUUAAAAGUUAAUGUGUACUUGCUUGAAUUAAGUUCCAAUCACACAUGAUUGUGAACUCUUAAUUUUAAUUAGUCUAUUUUAGUCCAAAUUAAGUUUAAUUAAUAAGAUAUCAUAAUACUAUUGGUUGUAGAUUUAAUUUAUUGUGGAGUUGCAUGCACCUUAUUCAAUCGAAGAGAAAAAACAUUAAUUAAUUCCUAAAAUUUGGUUAAAAUUGAUUAAAUUAAAUUUUUAAAAUGUUUAUUAAAUUAUUUUAGAGUUGAUUUGCUAAAAUUGAGGUCUAAGGAAUUCUAAGAAAAUGUGAAAAUUCGGAGUAAUUUGUAAGUAUAGCGGUAUGUCUAAAGUGUUAAAUAUGAUAUUUGAGCCCAUAUGAUAUUUAUAUAAAUUAUUUGAAGAGUAAAAUGUUUUACAUUUUGUAAAUAUAUACAUGAAAAUUGAGGAAAAUUCAAAUGUGAGUAAUUUGGAUUAUCAUUAUCGAA